CGAGGGCGCUUGGGAGAAACCUGGCCUAGCGGUGAUAGAUUACCCAGGCCUCAGAAAGAUGGCGUCCUCAGAGCAGGCAGAGCAGCCGAGCCAGCCAAGCUCUACUCCAGGAAGUGAAAAUGUGCUGCCUCGAGAGCCGCUGAUUGCCACAGCAGUGAAGUUUCUACAGAAUUCCCGGGUCCGCCAGAGCCCACUUGCGACCAGGAGAGCAUUCCUUAAGAAGAAAGGCUUGACAGAUGAAGAGAUUGAUUUGGCUUUCCAGCAGUCGGGCACUGUUGCUGAUGAGCCUUCGUCCUUGGGCCCAGCCACACAGGUGGUUCCUGUCCAGCCCCCUCACCUCAUUUCUCAGCCAUACAGCCCUGCAGGUUCCCGAUGGCGAGAUUAUGGUGCCUUGGCCAUCAUCAUGACAGGGAUUGCAUUUGGCUUUCACCAGCUCUACAAGAAAUACCUGCUCCCCCUGAUCCUGGGUGGCCGAGAAGACAGGAAGCAGCUGGAGAGGAUGGAGGCCAGUCUCUCCAAGCUGAGUGGCAGCGUGGCUCAGACAGUGACCCAGUUACAGACCACUCUCGCCUCUGUCCAGGAGCUGCUGAUCCAGCAGCAGCAGAAGGUCCAGGAGCUCGCCCAUGAGCUGGCUGCUGCCAAGGCCACUACAUCUACGAACUGGAUCCUGGAGUCCCAGAAUAUCAAUGAACUCAAGUCGGAAAUUAACUCCUUGAAAGGGCUUCUUUUGAAUCGGAGGCAGUUCCCUCCGUCCCCCUCAGCCCCGAAGAUCCCCUCCUGGCAGAUUCCAGUCAAGUCGCCAUCACCCUCCAGCCCUGCAGCCGUGAACCACCACAGCAGCAGUGACAUCUCCCCGGUUAGCAACGAGUCCACGUCGUCCUCGCCCGGGAAGGAGGGCCACAGCCCUGAGGGCUCCACGGUCACGUACCACCUGCUGGGCCCCCAGGAGGAGGGCGAGGGUGUGGUGGAUGUCAAGAGCCAGGUGAGGCUGGAGGUGCAGGGUGAGGAGGAGAAGAGGGAGGACAAGGAAGACGAGGAGGAUGAGGACGACGACGUGGGCCACGUGGAUGAGGAGGACUGCCUGGGGGUGCAGAGGGAGGACCGCCGGGGUGGGGAUGGCCAGAUCAAUGAGCAGGUGGAGAAGCUUCGGCGGCCUGAGGGCGCCAGUAAUGAGAGUGAGCGGGACUAGCCCUGCCUGCCUGUCCAUGACGGUGGCCACAGCCACCUCCUCCUCUGGUCCUGGAGCCCAGGUAGGGGACAGAGCUGUCCUUGGCUGUGCUGCGGCCUGGUGGCGAUGGGGGGGUCACGGCUGUGUCCACCAGUCUCCUCUCACCUGCCUGCCAGCCCUAGCCUGCCAGUUCUUCAGCUCAGCCCCUGCCAGCCCCUGUCCUGGACAGACAUCCCGUCCGGGGUAUGUUUGCUGCGUGUCUUGACUACCGUGACACUGCGCAUGGCCAGAGCUAGUGUCGUCACCUGCCUUCCCACUCCUUGGCAGAGGAGGAGCUGUAGUCCUCUGGUGUCCACCAUCUCCCCCACCCUCUCCAGCCCUGUCCCCACAGCCCUGGGGUGCCUGUCCCCAGCCUCAGCUGUGCCCUGUUGUCCUCCCAGACAAGUGAAACCACCCUGCACUUGGGCCUGCCCCCGUGUGCCAUGUAAUGGCUCAGCUAAUCCCCUGACGAGCCCGGCCCGGGGCCCUCCUGAUCCACAGACGCCUCUGUCCUUCCCUGCAGGGAGCACACGUUCACCUGUGUGAUCAUGUAUAGAUUGCAGAGUAUAAGAGAGGCCUGUACAUAAUUGUAAUAAAUACGAGUUGCCACUAUUUAAUUCUGCCUGUGGCUGCCUAUCUGCUCCUGUUACCCUGUUGCCUCUGAAGUGGGGGAAGCCUGGGGCAGGGCCCGGGGCCUGGGGCCUGGGCAGCCCCGGUAGAUGGGCCAGUGGGCAGGCCCUGCCCUGGGGCGGCUUCCACGGCUGCUCAGCUACACUCAGAGGGGCCAUUCCUCAGCCCCAGGGAUCUGCCAAAGGCGACAUUUUCCUGAGCACAGGAGAAGGGACCGCAUGUUACUGUAUAUAGACCUGCUGCGGUGGGAUGAGCUCUCCUUCCUUAAAUGGAUGCGUGUUUCCCAGGAGGGCGUGUGUCCUCACUUCCUCCCCUGUCUCCCUUCAACUUUCACAGAGCAUUUGGCUGAAACCAGAUGAGCAGGGCAGAAUUCCUUCCGAGGGGCUGUCAAGCCUCGAGGUGUCAGGACCCAGCUUGGGGGACGUGGGUGCUAUAGUAAUGUCCAUGCGCCUCGAGGGGACACAGUGGCUUUGGAAAUAGCGCCCACAGCCACUGCGGGCGGAGCUACCCCUCCAUGCCCUAGGAGGGAGGAGGCCAUGGUGGCUGGGCAGACACUUGGCCCUGUGGCUGUUUUGUCCCAGAAGGUAUCUCAGCCCUGCCCCCAGGCUCCUCUCCCCAUGUAGCAAACCCUUCCUGACAUUGUGGAGGCAGCAGGACACUGGUUGGCCUGAGCCUGACCCAGAGUGUCAGCCCCUGGGCUGGUUUCCAUCCUGUAGGUUGUGUCUUUCACACUCAGCCUCAGAGGAUGCCCCUCUGGGCUGUGAUUCCAGCUGUUGUUCUCUGGAGACAGCAGAGUCCAGGUUGAGGGUCACCAUAUGGCUUGUUCUCCAUCCCCAGCCUCCUUAUUGCCCCUGAAGCAACAGGUUUCUCGGUUCUCAGGGCUACUGACCUUGUCUUGAUGAGGGGACAGUGAGACUCCU